CAUUAUUCGGCCCAAACCUAGCAAUUGGAUUUAGAAUUAUCACCCCGAAAACAAAACCGCUCUCACUCUCCGCAUCGUCUUCUAGGGUAAGCUCGCACGCCACUGCUCCAAACAACGAGUGCGGCCAUUCCCAUCCAUCUUCAUCUUCCUCUUCCAGGGGAGUUUGAUUCCUGUGUAUUCUCAAAAUGACUUCGUUUUUGAAACCUGAAAACGCCCUGAAAAGGGCGGAAGAGCUGAUCAAUGUGGGGCAGAAGCAGGAUGCUUUGCAGACCCUCCAUGAUGUUAUUACUUCGAAGAGAUAUAGGGCUUGGCAGAAGACCCUUGAGAGGAUUAUGUUCAAGUAUGUUGAACUGUGCGUGGAGCUGCGCAAAGGGAGGUUUGCGAAGGAUGGGCUUAUCCAAUAUCGUAUCAUAUGUCAGCAAGUGAAUGUUAGCUCGCUGGAGGAGGUUAUCAAACAUUUCAUGCACUUGUCGACUGAGAAAGCUGAACAAGCCCGUAGCCAGGCCCAGGCAUUGGAAGAAGCGCUUGAUGUUGAUGAUCUGGAGGCUGAUAAGAGGCCUGAGGACUUGAUGCUAAGCUAUGUCAGUGGUGAGAAAGGAAAGGACAGAUCUGAUCGGGAGCUUGUCACCCCUUGGUUUAAAUUUCUGUGGGAAACUUACAGGACAGUGCUUGAAAUAUUACGGAACAACUCAAAAUUGGAAGCCUUGUAUGCUAUGACAGCCCAUCGAGCUUUCCAGUUUUGUAAGCAAUAUAAACGUACGACAGAAUUUCGAAGACUUUGUGAAAUUAUAAGAAACCAUUUGGCCAAUCUUAAUAAAUAUCGGGAUCAACGAGACCGUCCUGAUCUUUCUAUUCCUGAAAGCUUGCAACUUUAUCUUGACACCAGAUUUGAGCAGCUGAAAAUUGCCACUGAACUUGAACUCUGGCAGGAAGCCUUUCGAUCAGUGGAAGAUAUCCACGGUCUAAUGUGCAUGGUCAAGAAAGUGCCCAAGGCAUCCUUGAUGGCUAUUUACUAUGUUAAGCUGACAGAAAUAUUUUGGGUAUCAUCAAGUCAUCUGUAUCAUGCGUAUGCAUGGUUCAGGCUCUUUUUAUUACAAAAGAGCUUCAAUAAGAAUCUGAGUCAGAAGGAUUUGCAAUUGUUAGCUUCAUCUGUUGUUCUGGCUGCUCUCUCAGUGCCUCCUCAUGAUCACACUCAUGGUGCAUCUCAUUUGGAACUGGAGCAUGAAAAAGAGAGAAAUUUGAGGAUGUCUAAUCUCAUUGGCUUUAAUCUUGAAAACAAACCGGAGAGCAGAGAAGUGCUCUCAAGAUCAUCACUUCUUGCUGAACUGGCUUCGAAGGGUGUGAUGUCAUGUGUAACACAGGAAGUGAAGGACAUUCACUAUCUUUUGGAGCAUGAAUUUCUCCCUUCAGAUCUUGCACAGAAAGUGCUGCCCUUGUUAACUAAAUUCUCAAAACUAGGUGGUAAGCUUUCCACUGCUUCAUCCAUUCCAGAAGUGCAUUUGUCACAGUAUGUUCCGGCACUGGAAAAACUAGCGACCUUGAGGUUGCUACAGCAGGUUUCUAAUGUGUACCAGACUAUGAAGAUUGAGACUUUAUCUGGGAUGAUCCCCUUCUUUGAAUUUUCUGUGGUGGAAAAGAUUUCUGUGGAUGCUGUUAAGCAGAAGUUUGUAUCAAUGAAAGUUGACCACAUGAAAAAUGUUGUAAUUUUUUGUAAAAUGAGUCUUGAGUCUGAUGGCUUAAGAGACCACUUGGCCAAUUUUGCUGAGCGAUUGAAUAAGGCUAGACAAAUGAUUUAUCCUCCUGAUAGGAAACCAUCAAAACUUGGAGCUUUGCUUCCGACUUUGACUGAAGUCGUGGCCAAAGAGCACAAAAGGCUCCUUGCUCGAAAAUCAAUUAUUGAGAAGAGGAAAGAAGAGCAAGAACGACAGCUUCUUGAAAUGGAGCGUGAGGAGGAAUCGAAGAGAUUAAGACUGCAGAAAAUAACAGAAGAGGCAGAACAAAGAAGGCUUGCGACUGAGUAUGAGCAGAGGAAGAAUCAAAGGAUCCUUAGGGAGAUAGAGGAAAGAGAAAAUGAAGAAGCUCAAGCUUUACUUCAGGAAGCUGAAAAACGUAUCAAAAAAAGGGGGAAAAAGCCAAUGAUUGAGGGGGAAAAAAUUACCAAGCAGACAUUGAUGGAGUUGACUUUGACUGAACAACUCCGUGAAAGGCAGGAAAUGGAAAAGAAGCUGCAAAAACUUGCUAAAACCAUGGAUCAUUUGGAAAGAGCCAAAAGAGAAGAAGCUGCUCCGCUUAUUGAAGCUGCAUAUCAACAGCGCCUAGUAGAAGAGAGGGUUCUUCAUGAGCGUGAGCAACAACUAGAGGUUGAAGUAAGCAGACAGCGGCAUGAGGGAGAUCUUAUUGAGAAGGAGAGGCUUUCUCGAAUGAUGGGCAGUAAAGAGAUAUAUCAAGAGAGAGUUGUCAAUCAGCGCCAAGCAGAAUUUAACAGAUUGAAUAGAGAAAGGGAGGAGCGGCUCUCUAAGAUUUUACAAACCAGGAGGCAGGAUAGGGAGAAAGCGAGGAAGUUGAAGUACUAUCUUCAGGUAGAAGAAGAGAGACAACAAAAAUUGCGUGAGGAGGAAGAGGCUAGGAAGCGUGAAGAGGCUGAGAGGAAAAAGAAGGAAGAGGCUGAACGCUUAGCAAAAUUAGCUGAGAUUAGUGAAAAACAGAGGCAGAGAGAGCGGGAGCUUGAAGAAAAAGAGAGGCAGAGGAAGGAAGCAUUGUUGGGCAGACCAACCGAACCAGUUCUUAAGCCCGCUGAGCCUCCUGCUCGACCGUUGGAAUCUGCACCUGCUGCAGCAGCUGCCGUUGCAAACCCAGGGAGAUAUGUUCCCAGACACCGACGCCAAGGAGGUGAACCUGCAGCCGCUGCCGCUGCUGCUCCUCCUCCUCCGGAAACAGAUCGUUGGAAUAACAGUAGCAGCCGGCCGGAUGGUGACAGGUGGCGCAGUGAGGAUCGCAGAACCUCCUUUGGUUCUGGUGCUCCAAAGUCAUCCACCACAUGGUCAUCUUCCAGGAAUCGUGAUCGUUGAUCAUUCUUUGCCCUGGUUUGUUACUGCGGCUCUUUGGGGGAUCAUUGCAUGAUAUAUGUUGCUGGUUCUUCAGACUUUUGGUCUAGUUCUCUCUGUACUCUCCUCCCCCUGUUUGAGUUUUAGAAUUCUUUUUGAUACUCAGUUAUUGAAUUUAUUAUCUUCCAAUACUCGUGGAGACCUCGGUCCUUUUGAGGAACAUGCCAACAAAGAUUUUCUGUUCAUGAUCGAGUGUAUUGGGUUGGUAAUCGAAAUUUUAACCUAGACGAGUACUUAGACCUAUUUUUGCACUUGUGGUAUUCUGAUAAUCUGAUUUGUGCUAUCGUGAGAAA